GGCUCCCCAUUUGGCCCCUACCCACAAUAACCAUACCCUUAAAUUUCUUCACACCUGACACGUAAUCAAGCGUUUUCAAUCCCUAUCUGAUGAUUCUGAUUUCUGAUCAGAUCAAGACCGGUCAAUCGCUUCCAAAACAAACACUACCCCUUCAAAAAACAAAAAUAAAAAAUAAAACCCCCGUCGGAUCUCCGCCACGUGGCAUUGAAUCCCAUUUGCGCUGUCUUCAUCUCGUGAUUAAACGAAGAACCUGUUUCUCUUUACAAGUACAAAACCACCACCACCACACCGCACCAAGUCUUGACCACCUUACCCUUCUCUCUCUCUCUCUCAACAGAAAACCCCCAAAUAUUUCUUCACACUUUCAAGUUUCAACUCUCUCAUCAAAACUCUCACGGGGCAUAGCAAAAACUAAGGGUUUUCCUUAAUGUCUGCAAAUUCUUCCCAUAUCGACCUGAACUCCGACGUCGUUUCGGCCGACACGGAAAACGGGUCUCUGCGGGUUAAGAAUUCGGAGCCUUCGGUUAAACCCGUUGGUUCUGAAACUGAAACCCUAACGGUAAAGGAGGAGCCUUUGAAGAGUCUGAGUCAGGUUCAGGGUUCUUUAGUGGAGAAAGUUAGGAUCUUUAGUGAGAUUGAGGGUGCUGAGAGUUUAGUGGGGGGGCAAGUUGUUGUUGGGGAAGUGAAAAGUGAUAAAGAAUUGGUUUUGGAGUCGAAAAAUAGUGUUGGGACUAUGGUUGGGGAUUCAGGGUUUAAUGAAAAGAAUGUUGGUACUGUAGAUGGAGACCCUUUUGUAGAAGGGAAUGAUCCAUUACAAAAUCGGGCCGAGGAGGAAGUAGUUGGAAGUGAUGGGGGUCAAAAUGGAAAGCAGGUUAAUGUUGACGAGGUCUCAGGUUCUAGACAGGGUGAUAGAGAGCCGGGUGUUGAGUCGGUUAGCCAAUUAUCAACUGCAGCGGAGAUUGAUGAGACGGGGGUUACUCAUGUUUCUGAGGUUUUAACUUCAGAGGGAUUAGAAAACCAGGAUACGAAAAUGGAUGCAGUUGUAGAGACCAAUGAGAAACGAUCUCCAGACGUUCAUGUUUCUGAGGUUUUAACUUCAGAGGGAUUAGAAAACCAGAAUACGAAAAUGGAUGCAGUUGUAGAGACCAAUGAGAAACGAUCUCCAGAUGUUCAUGUUUCUGAGGUUUUAACUUCAGAGGGAUUAGAAAACCAGGAUAUGAAAAUGGAUGCAGUUGUAGAGACUGAUGAGAAACGAUCCCCAGACGCUCGUGUUUCUGAGGUUUUAACUUCAGAGGGAUUAGAAAACCAGGAUAGGAAAAUGGAUGCAGUUGUAGAGACCAAUGAGAAACGAUCUCCAGACGCUCAUGUUUCUGAGGUUUUAACUUCAGAGGGAUUAGAAAACCAGGAUAUGAAAAUGGAUGCAGUUGUAGAGACCAAUGAGAAACGAUCUCCAGACACUCAUAUUUCUGAGGUUUUAACUUCAGAGGGAUUAGAAAACCAGGAUGUGAAAAUGGAUGCAGUUGUAGAGACCGAUGAGAAACAGUCCCCAGAUGCUCAUGUUAUGGAAGCUGGGGUUAGUGAGACUAUUGGAGAGGAGUCUAAUGCUUUCAAUCUUGUUGUAGAUUUGAAUCCGUAUAUGACAACGGAUGAGAAUGUCAAAUCAGGUGCCUCGAGGCCGGAAUUUCAUGUCUCUGAUCUAGUAUGGGGUAAAGUUAGGAGCCAUCCUUGGUGGCCUGGGCAGAUUUUUGAUCCUUCAGAUUCGUCAGACAAGGCAAAGAAGUAUUUUAGAAAAGAUGGUUAUCUUAUAGCGUAUUUUGGAGAUCAAACAUUCGCUUGGAAUGAAGAGGCACGGAUAAAGUCUUUUAGGGGGCAUUUCUCGCAAAUGGAGAAGCAGAGCAAUAAGGAAGAAUUCCACUAUGCUGUUGUCUGUGCUUUGGAAGAGAUUUCCAGACGCGUAGAGUUUGGGCUGGCCUGUUCCUGCACAUCAGAAGAAGUGUAUGCCAAACUCAGAACUCAGAUAAUAGCUAAUGCCGGAAUCAGGGAAGAAUCGAGUAGAAGAGUUGGUGGGGACUAUUCUUUGACUGCUGAUUCUUUUGAACCUGUUGAACUUGUUAAUUAUAUUAAAGAAUUAGCUCAAUCGCCACAUGGUGAAGCUAACAGACUUGAACUUGUAAUAGCACGGGCUCAAUUGUCAGCCUUCUAUCGUUGGAAGGGUUAUUCUCAGCUGCCUGAGUUCAAUAUGGUUGGUGCUCUGUUGGAGAGUGAUGCGGACAUUCUACCAAUUGGGGAGAAGAAAAAUCACAGUGAGUUGAAUGAGAAUGCUAUUCCGGAUAUUGACAAUGAGAAGCCUUUGGCUUCUGGAAAAGGAAAGUCGAAGAGUCAAUUAAGCUCUUCUGGUAAGCGAAAGCACAUCUCUGGGGAUAGUACGUCCCCCAGUAAAAAAAAGAAAAAAGAGAAGAGUUUGUCCCCCAGUAAAAAGGAGAAAAAAGAGAAGAGUUUGCCCCCCAGUAAAAAGGAGAAAAAAGAGAAGAGUUUGUCCCCCAGUAAAAAAGAGAGAAAAGAGAAGAGUUUGUCCCCCAGUAAAAAAGAGAGAAAAGAGAAGAGUUUGUCCCCCAGUAAAAAAGAGAAGAGUUUGUCAGAUUUGCUCACUGAGAAGAGCUUGCGUACUUCAAAUGGUGAAAAUGGAUCAAAAAAGAAAGAUGUUGGUAAGUUGCUUUCAAAAUUGUCUGGAAAGAAACGCAAGGCAGUUGAUGGUACGUCCGAUGACUCUUCUGUGAAAGAUGAGAAGCAUCAUCUGUCAUCAGGGUCUGCUGAUAAGCCUGUACAGACCAGGCAAACUUUUAAAGUUGGAGAUAGCAUUCGUCGGGCUGCCAGCCAACUGAAUGGGUCAAGUCCAAUACUCAAGUAUGGUGAUGGAAUUUCUCAAGAUACUGCAGACAAGAAUAAAAGCAAACAACAUCCUAGCUUGGGGAGAUCCCACAUUAGCGAGCUCACAAAAAUUGAGGUUUCCUCUCCUGAAGAGAUGCUGUCACAGCUCUGCUUGGCUGCCAGAGAUCCUAUGAAAGGAUACAACUUUUUAGUUUCUAUUGUUAGCUUUUUCUCAGGAUUCCGGAAUUCUGUUAGCCGGGAUGAUUCUAAUUUCAUGGAGCGUGAAUGGUGUUUGAAACGAGUCUUCGGUGGGAAAACUGGAAAAAGAUCAAGAAAGCGAGGAAUCAUUGAAAAAUCCAAGUUGGAGACGAGCGACUCUUACUGGACUGACAGGAUUAUCCAAAGCCUACCUGAAGAGCACUCGUCACUUGAGAAUCAGAAUGAAGCAAGAGAGAUUCUGCCUGAGACUCCAAGUGAAAAGGAUUGUUCUGCUAUUGAACCACUAGUAGCUUUUGAAAUGAGUCUGAAUAUGGAUUCUAAGCAACAAAGUUUUGGUGAAAAUCUUGGAUCAGAUGCAGUGAAGCCAGUGGCUCACUUGGAGGAGAGCUUUAGGCCGGAUCCCUCACCGACGGCUCUUAUUCUGAACUUUAUGGACAUGGAUGCUGUUCCUUCAGAAGCAAAUCUUAAUAAGAUAUUUAGCCGCUUUGGGUCAUUGAAUGAUUCAGAGACUGAAGUUAUAAAGAAGAGUAACCGAGCCAAGGUGGUUUUCAAGAGACGUGCUGAUGCAGAGACGGCUUUUAGCAGUGCUGGGAAAUUCAGCAUUUUCGGACCUUCACUUGUCAGUUAUCGACUCAAGUAUUUGUCCUCUACACCAAGUAAAGCUUCUCCCAGUACCAAAAAGCGAGGCAGAAAGGAUACAACAUCAGAGGAAGGCAAUGCGGUUUGAUGCUUUGAACUCUCUUAACUAGAUGUUGAUUCAGCGUUUAGGUAUUCAUCAUGAAUCAAGUAUGAAUGUACUGUUGGUUAACUGAAAUGCGGUUAGCAAGCAAAUAGGCGAGUAGUUGACUUGGAUAUGAUUGUGAAAAUGUGUAGGAAGCAGACUCAAUCAAAUGUAUCUAACCAGUUGGUUAUUUUUUAAUUGACUCUUAGAAAGUUCUACAUUUUCAGUAA